UAGGAGUGUCAACAUGUAAGAUGGCGGCCCAUCACCGGCAGAACACGGCAGGGCGGAGGAAAGUGCAGGUUUCCUAUGUUAUUCGAGAUGAAGUAGAGAAGUACAAUCGAAAUGGAGUCAAUGCCCUGCAGCUAGAUCCAGCACUAAAUAGACUCUUCACAGCCGGUCGAGACUCCAUCAUAAGAAUAUGGAGUGUAAAUCAGCACAAGCAAGAUCCAUAUAUAGCAUCUAUGGAACACCAUACCGAUUGGGUAAACGACAUUGUACUGUGUUGUAAUGGGAAAACAUUAAUAUCUGCUUCUUCUGACACGACAGUAAAAGUAUGGAAUGCACAUAAGGGAUUUUGCAUGUCAACAUUAAGGACACAUAAGGAUUAUGUAAAAGCCUUAGCAUAUGCCAAGGAUAAAGAACUGGUAGCAUCAGCUGGAUUGGACAGACAGAUCUUUCUUUGGGAUGUGAAUACUCUAACAGCAUUGACUGCAUCAAAUAACACUGUCACAACUUCUUCUCUAAGUGGGAACAAAGAUUCCAUUUAUAGCCUGGCAAUGAAUCAACUGGGAACAAUCAUUGUUUCAGGCUCCACUGAGAAGGUUUUAAGGGUAUGGGACCCAAGAACAUGUGCAAAGUUAAUGAAGCUCAAAGGGCACACGGAUAAUGUAAAAGCAUUGCUAUUGAAUAGAGAUGGCACACAGUGUCUUUCUGGCAGUUCUGAUGGGACAAUUCGCCUUUGGUCCCUUGGCCAGCAGAGAUGUAUAGCAACAUACCGAGUCCAUGAUGAAGGCGUGUGGGCUCUGCAAGUCAAUGAUGCCUUCACACAUGUGUAUUCUGGAGGAAGGGACAGGAAGAUUUACUGUACAGACCUAAGAAACCCGGACAUUAGGGUGCUAAUUUGUGAAGAAAAAGCACCAGUUCUCAAGAUGGAGCUUGAUAGAUCAGCUGAUCCCCCUCCUGCAAUCUGGAUUGCAACAACCAAAUCUACGGUAAAUAAAUGGACAUUGAAGGGAAUUCAUAAUUUUAGAGCUUCUGGAGAUUACGACAAUGACUGUACAAAUCCUAUAACACCCCUUUGUACACAGCCUGACCAGGUUAUUAAAGGAGGUGCUAGUAUUAUUCAGUGCCACAUUCUUAAUGAUAAAAGACAUAUAUUAACCAAAGAUACCAAUAAUAAUGUGGCAUAUUGGGAUGUUUUGAAGGCAUGUAAAGUUGAAGAUCUGGGCAAAGUGGAUUUUGAAGAUGAAAUUAAGAAAAGGUUUAAAAUGGUGUAUGUGCCAAAUUGGUUCUCAGUAGACUUAAAAACAGGGAUGUUGACUAUUACUUUGGAUGAGAGUGACUGUUUUGCUGCUUGGGUUUCUGCGAAAGAUGCUGGCUUCAGCAGCCCUGAUGGGUCAGAUCCAAAAUUGAACUUAGGAGGACUUUUACUCCAGGCACUCCUAGAAUAUUGGCCUAGAACACAUGUGAAUCCAAUGGACGAAGAAGAAAAUGAAGUAAAUCAUGUAAAUGGGGAGCAAGAGAACCGAGUGCAAAAGGGAAAUGGAUAUUUUCAAGUGCCCCCCCACACACCUGUGAUCUUUGGUGAAGCUGGAGGCCGAACACUGUUCAGGCUGCUCUGCCGAGAUUCCGGGGGUGAGACUGAGUCCAUGCUUCUUAAUGAGACGGUGCCACAAUGGGUAAUUGACAUCACUGUGGAUAAAAAUAUGCCCAAAUUCAACAAAAUUCCUUUCUACCUCCAACCUCAUGCAUCUUCGGGAGCAAAAACCUUAAAAAAAGACAGACUCUCUGCUAGUGACAUGCUCCAAGUCCGGAAAGUAAUGGAACAUGUCUAUGAGAAAAUCAUCAACUUGGAUAAUGAAUCUCAAACCACUAGCUCUUCUAAUAAUGACAAACCAGGGGAACAGGAAAAAGAAGAAGAUAUUGCUGUAUUGGCAGAGGAGAAAAUCGAACUUUUGUGCCAGGACCAGGUUUUGGAUCCAAAUAUGGACCUUAGAACCGUGAAACACUUCAUAUGGAAGAGUGGUGGUGACCUUACCCUCCAUUACCGUCAGAAGUCCACGUGAAGGAUGGGCAAACGCUCCUGGGUAUUUGUUUACUGACCUUCCUUUAUGGCCCCAAGAGUAGUCCUAGCAAGCCCACUGAGCCCCAACGGGAGCACGACUUCUAAUGGCCGAUUUGGUAUGGACUGAGAUUAUCUUUCAGCUGAAAUGACUAAUCAAGAUGUAAUAUAGAAACCAGUCUCCAUGUGUAGAUUAAGCUGUCCCCAGGGAGGCAGAGUGCGAGAGCAGAGGAGCCCCCAAGCAGACAAUGUCUUGCAAGAUGUACAGAGAACUGACGACAGGCCAGUGCAGACUUUGUUUCCUGCUUUCGCUUCAAAGGACCUUAUCUUUGUCCGUUAGCACUUGUUAGAGACAACAUCAGACGGGCCACAUCUGUCACUGUUUCAGCUUCGAACCCACAUGCCCUGUAGCUUUUCUAAGAUAGUACAUUCCAUUCAUGCAGUACCUAUGAAGGCUUUUUCCAAGUUUGUCAUAUAAAAAAUCGUUUUCACCAUUUAAAGACAGUUAUUUUUAAUGGGAAUUUGCUGUUGCACAAUUCAAGAGCCAGCCCAUUUCAUAAUAAAUUAUUAAUAUUGGGCUUGUUUUUAAUAUUGCAUCUCAGAUGUGUUCUUGUAGGAAGAUCUAUUGAAAUUCCAGGUGCUGGAUCACAGCACUUAAGACUGCUGGGCCACAGUACGGCCAGCCCAUGCCCAGCAAUGCCGCACACCCACAUGAAUGCCCCGAGCUGUGUGGCUACCACAGGGAAACGCAGUCACUCCUUUCUGCACUGUGUCGUUUUAUUUAUGAGCAAAGCCAGGUGAAACCCAGGCUUUUGCUCUGGGUGAGCAGCCUGACGCUUUCGAAACUUAAGACCAUGAGAAAAUUUUAACUUCAUUUAAAUGCUACCUAAAAUAUCUGGUGUCAGAGAGAAGAGAUAUCAUAGUGAAUUAAUUUGAUAUUAUCAUAUCCUGGAAGUAUAUGUGUUUGUUUUUCCAAAGUUUUAUAUGCAGGUUUUUGUUGUACCUAUAUCCAGAUCUUCUUUUCACUGUUCUUUCUAAUAAUCUAAAGCUUUCAUAGUCAUUUGAAUCUUGUACAGAAUAUAACUUAUUGGGGAUAAACACUUCAACUUUUGGCAGAAAAAAUACUUUGGAUUCUCCCCAAGGUCAUUUGUAUUCAGAAUAGAUCAGUGGUCUAUCCGCAUAAAGCUGCAUAAGACAAGCCUCCUGUAUGAAGCCAGAAGCACAAGUGCCUUUAGAGGGCAGUUUAUUCCAGUCCAGUUGCCUUCCCAGCUGUGAGCAGCCUGUCCCCAUAACAGCAGGGGCUGGGGAAGGUUUCUUCUUUUCUACAUUUUCACAGGUUCCGCUGGGGGCAGCUGAUGAUCCCGAGUCCAAAUGUUACUUUUUGAGACAUUCUGAUCCGCACAACUGCAGAGACAGGGUUCCCUCACUGCUGGUCAGCUUUCUUUGGAAAGUGGACAGGUCAGUGCCUCCUGCGUUUUGUAGAAGUGAGCAAAGACAUCGUGGCCACAUUUCCAAUGAGCUGAAAUGCUGAAAUGAUGUUUUGCCCUUUGGCAGAGAGCAACCUGGCUUUUUUUUUUUUUUUUUUUUUUUUUUUUUUUUAAGUCCUUUCUAUGUAUCUGUUGGAUACAACAGUGCACUUUUGGUGCAAUUUUUUAGCAAUAGUUGUGAAUUAAUGACAAAAAAAGAAAAAAAAAAUAACUCAUUUACCAGCCCUCAGUGUGUUUGCACGAGGAACCCUUGAACUAGAGGAAUGGGUUCUGUUGGGUAAUUUUGCCCUCUGUGCUGAGUCUCGAGGGGUGGCUGCGCUCCCUUCCUGUAAUAGAUCUGACCCCCAGCAUGGUUCUACUUCUUUUUUCCUUCCAAUCAAACCAGUAAUGCAAUUUCCAGAGAAUUUGACAGUCUGUAAUGCCAAAAGGAUAAAAAGCUGUAUUUCACAGUUGUACAGAAUAAAGGCUUUAGUUAAAAUAUUUCAAA